AUGGCAAUUGCUGCUAGCGAUGCUCGUGCCAUUCAUCUGUUUAUAGUGGCUCCUGCUUUUAUCGCUUUCUAUGAUCAUGCACUUACAUUGGACCGUGAAGUGACCUUGAUAUGGAAGUGUAAUUUUGAUCCGAGGGCUGUGUUAUAUCUUGUGACGAGGUACUUUGGAGAACUUCUUCUACUCAUCGUCACCGUGUACGGCGUCGCUGCCAAGAUUUGGCUUUCAGAGGCACCUGUAUGGAAUCAAGUCCCUCAAGGCAUCGCACUUACCACGGUGGUAAUCGCGGGCUGCCGCAUGGUGCUCAACCUUAGACAGGUCUUCCACAAACGUGAUCUCUUUGAGGACGACUUACCAUCCUCCGCGCCGUUGCAUUUCAUAUCACCGUUCCCUAAUGCCGAGACAGCUGACUUCUGA